AUGAGUAAAAAACUUGGACUCCAGACGGACGCUCAGGCUUUGAUACCGAAGAAGUAUCGGGGCGACGAUGACGAUCCACACUUCAUUCCUGACUCACCUCUCAUCGACCGACAGGCCCUGACUGCACAAGAAGAGGGGGAGCUGAAGCGCAUAUGCGCCUUGGUAUUGGCCAAUGUACCACAUUCUGACGACAUGUCGGAUGACCCUCUUAAAUACAUCGCUGCUCAGAUUCAAGAAGGCAAAGCAGCACAGCCGAAGCCCAGUGCGAAACGCGAACGGAAACUCGACCCUGCUCACAAUGUUGAAACUACCGCUAGCGUGACACACCAAUUCCUCGACAUACAAGACGACUCCGCGACAUCCUCGGAAGUUUCUCAUCGCGGUACCAUAACUGCCACUGACUAUUCAACGCCCUUGACCAGCGCCGGUAUAACCCCUGGCGAGACAGCGCGACGUUUCUCCGACGCCGCCCGGAAGUCCGUUAAUAGCACCAAGAAGCCUGGCAGCAGCCUCCGAAAUGAGUCAACCACGGUGGCAACUAAGAGCCGAACGACCUCUUCAGGUGGCGUCCACAAAUCGAUGGAAGCGAGCAAGCCUUCUGCCGAAGCGGAAGCAAUCAGAAAGACGCUGCGAGUCGUAACAGACGGAUCAUCACGACCCCAAAGUGGCAGCGGGAAAUCAAUGGAGCAGCCUCGUCCUGUCAGAUUUUCGGCUCUAGACUUGAACAAAAGCCUUCCGCCCCCUCCGCCUGAAUCUCCGCCUCCCGAGGAACAGAACCAACCCCAUAUCAGCAGAUUGAUGAAAACCAUUCGCAAAAAGAAGAGUAUGACGAAGGAAGUCAGGAGUUUUUCGACUGGAUCGGUACCUCCAAUGCCCUCGACCGAUUCGCCGAGAACUCCAUAUCUCCACUCGUCGACGACAACACCUGUAACAGAGAAUCCAGCUGUGACAGCUCAAGAACCUCCAAGAAAGAAAUUCAGAAUACCUCUUUUCCACAGGAGACAACGACCGGCAGAUGUCCUGGUUACUUAA